GAUUACUCCACUUAUGUAUACGGUACCGGUAUUGUUCUUCAUCUUUGCGACGGCUGCAACUAAUUCUCAAAGUCGAAAUAAAUAUUCUGCACCGAAUACUCAAGAUGAACCUAUCCCUGAAUCACUACGAAUGCAAAUAAAAGAAUACGCCAAUGCCUACUAUGAGGCAAAAUCGGUUGAGUAUUCUCAACUCGAAGGAUCAGUAGCCCUCGAGGGGAAAAAAGGGGAAAAAAUGUUCAGAAAUGAGGUCAAACGACUGGAAACUAUAUUCGAAGCUGGAUGGUUUAGAGAUUAUGUUAAAAUUGUUGAUCCAAAAAACAGAAAUUUAAUAAGGAAAUGUGAAGAGGAAUAUGCAAAAGCCGCCAAAACGCACACUGAAUUAAAUACCUAUAUGUAUGAAAAUCUCAACGUCAAUAUUGAACUAUUUGCUAAGUGGACCAGCAGAUUCAAUCUUGACACUGAAGUCGACUUCUAUUUAAGGACAUACCGUCAGACAAACAGUCAACAAAAAAGUAUGCAUGAAAUUAAAGCAAAUUUUAAACGAGCAGAACAAGAAUAUCACCAACUGAAAGCUAAAACAAACAACCUACUAGCAUUAGCAGUUCAAGCAAGUCUAAAUUCGAGGAAUGCCAUAGAUGUGGCCUGGGAAAAAGUAAAAAAUUCAUCAGCAGUUCUAGCCUUCGAAGAUGAUAUGCUUGAUUAUGAUGAAAUUAUUGAAGAUUAUCAAUAUGAUUUGAAAGAAAUCGAAGCCAAAAUCAGAGAAGCAACAGAUGCGAGCGCUAGACAGAAGUUACUUGUAGAAAAAGAAGAUAUCGAACGGAAUUUAAAACAGAAUGAAGACUUUCUAAGCGGACUUCAAAAAUUAAAGGAUGACACCGUUGACAAGGAGUUUGCAAAGGAUGAGGAAAUUAAGCGAAAAGGCGAUGAAAGCAAUCAAGCAAUGAAUGAAUAUUUCUCCUCUUUAGGGGAUUUAAAAAAUAAAGUCACAGUCCUUGAAGUUCAAAGAGUUGAAUACUUGAAACCAAUGACUAAAGAAGAAAGAAUAACAGAAAUGAAACGUGCCAUGGAAGAAGAAAUCAAACAGUGAAGUAUGUUUGUAUGACAAAAGUUUUUUCGGGGUUGUUUGCCAGAAUCGCUUGAUUCUCAUUCUUUAUCAGCGUUCCAAAUAUUACAUCUAUAUUAUUCCUACGAAUGCUUAAUAGCCUGUCAUCUCCACCUCAAAUAACGUCCUUCAAGUUACCUUCAGAUGAGUAAUUCGUCCGCUUAGAAUUCCACCUAACGGCUUGAUCCACGAAAUCACAUAUAGCAG